GUUUUUCGCGGCAGUAAGCGCGCACUGUUUGCAUCCGUGACUCUUGUCUUCAUGAUGAUGGAUCAUGUGAUGAAUUAUACCUCAAAAAGUCCAGAGAAGUCCAGUCCAAGUUUUCCAGAGGAUGUAGAAGAUGAUGAUGAAGAUCCAAUGGAUUUGGAGCCAUUAAAAUAUUCUUCUCUCCGUCAACAUGUAAACAACAAUAACAACAUUAAUAAUGAUAAUAAUCGCAAUAAUAAUACAAUCAACCAUUGUGAUGAUGAUGUUGACGAACAACUCGAUGUGACAAUGUUACCACCGGAAGAUGAAGACGACGAUAUCGGUGGAACAACACGUGGAUUCAUGUUAAAUGUUGAUAGCCCACGUCAUCCAACAGAUUCAACUGAAAAGAAAGUACAUUGGUCGAAUCAAAAUGUUCAAACAUUGUUAGAUUGUGUAGAAAAACAUUUGGAUGAAUUUAAUAUACAGAAAAAGCAUAAACAAGUUUGGCAAAUUAUUGGCACAGAAAUGGAAUCAUUAGGUUUUACCAUGGAACAUUGUUAUAAUAAAUGGAAAAAUUUACGUCGUGAUGUUCGUUUAUUGGUGAAUAAUCCACAAAAAGCUGUUCGUAACGCUGAUAUUCUACGACGUGUGGCUCGUUUAAUUUUAGUAAUCUAUCCAAAUAUCGAUGCUACAACUAUGCAAGUAACCGGUGAUCGUAUCAGUACAAGUAAAUCCACACCGAAUACACCAGGUGGUCCUGGUAGUUUGUCAUCAGCCAGACUCACAUUAUCCUCAUCAUUACACGCUCCAGAUUCACCAUUAUACUUUGGUCUAUCUAGAACGCGUACACCACAUUCCUUAACACCGAAUUUUCAUUCAUUAAAUGGUACAAAAUACAAAACUGAACAAUCCAAUUAUGAUACAACAACUAAUACUCCCACUACUUCCGUACCUGGUACUGCAUUGUUCACCAGUAAUUCACGUUGUUCAGACAAUGAUAAAAAACACCAUGUAUCAUCUACGCCUAAUUCAACAAAUCAUGACAAUAAUACAACAAUUUCACAACAUGCUAAUUCUGGAUUUCCAUUCAUUUUUAAUCCCGCAGCAGCUGCUCUUCUAGUUCAGUCACAGUUAUUCAACGAUUUACUACGUCAACAACAAACACAACUACAAGAUGAUUCUAUACCUUUGGAUAGUAUACAACAACGUGAACAAUUCUUUGCUCUCACUGCCUCUUUAAAAAAUGUUUUGCACUCUACUAAUAAUCCAAAUACCACAAAUGGUGGUAAUGCUGCACUCACACAGCAUACUACUAAUUCAAAUAAUAAUGGUAUUAAUAAUGUCAAUAAGAGCAUAAUCACAAAUGGUAAUGAUUUUAAUACAGACAAUAAUAACAACAACUCUAAUAAUUCAUUGCAUGUUGCCAGUUUAGCUUCUAAUUUGUUGAAUGGUUUAAACGGUAUGGAUACUUCACAAUAUCUGAAUUUAUUGGCAUCUGAAGCAGGUUUACUAAAUGGCAAUACGACUAGUCAUCUUAAUAACUAUAAUAAUACUAGUCAUUCUCAUCAUCAACACCAGCCACAACAACAGUCAUACAGUUCUAUAUCCGAUCGAUUACCACCUGGUAGUGAGUUGGCUGGUGUUGUCCAGCGUUUACUGAAUGAAGAGACUAUUCAUUUACGCUUGACCGAUAUGGUUACACAUUUAGCUGAUGAAUUACGGGCGGCUGGUCUGCGUAGACGUGCCACAUUAGAUCAACUAUUAGAAAUUAUGCAAGGUGGGGGCGGUGGUACCACCGCUGGAUGUGUAUCGGCAGUCGGAACAAAUACAUCUAUGAGUCUUACUCAUAAAAAUUCAGAUACUACGCAUCGUGUUUAGUGAGUAAUUAUAAAACCUACGGUGGAAUAUUUAUAUGGGAUUUAAUUAUUUUUGUGUAUCUCGUAAAAAAUACAACUAUCAACAAGAUCCGAUGAAUCAAUAGAGUAAUACUGAUGUCUAUGGAUAUAUAUUAUAUGUAAAAAUGAGAAAUCAAACCGGUAAAUUCCAGUGUUUAACUAAAAACCUUUUUUUUGUUGUUGUUGUAAACUUUUAUAUGUUAAGAAAGAAAUUUUCUUGUCGACCUAUGCCGACUGUAUUCGCAGUGUUUAUAUAAGGCAAAACAAUAUGUAGAAAGCAUUUUGUGUAAAAUCAACGAAAGAUUACUGUUACUACUUCCACAUAAUCGAAUGUUUGUUGCUUCUAUGUUUCCUUCUUCUCUUUUUCUCUAUAUAAAAAAAAUCUCGAUGUGCAUUCUAAUCACACGAAUUCCAUUGUCUUAUUUUUACCUAUUUUUCUCUGGUAAUAUAAUAACAUUGAAUACUACUGCCACUUUACUAAUAAGUAGAAAGAAGCAGUGAAUCAUGUAUCAUAGGAUAUCUCAUUUUGUUAAUUGUGUUUACCUUUUUUUUUAAUUUUCUACCAAGAUACAACCAUUUUUCCCACCGGUUCUUUUACAAUUUUUUACGUAAUGCAUUUUAUUUGUAUGUUGUGAAGAGUUUUCUAUGCGCGUGCGCGUGCGUGCGCGCGCUCGCAAGCAUGCACGCACGCACGUCGAAAAGUAAAACUCACAUUUCAUAUUAUUAUGGAGCAUUUAUUAAUUAAUUUUUGAACAGCGCCGGGCUUUUUUAUAUGGAAAUAAUCAUCUUGAAUCAUCACUUGUUUUUUUUAAAAAGAAAAGAAAACGUCGUCUACAUUAAUAUUCUCCUCCUCUUCUUACUCCUCCUCCUCAUCAUCAUCGUUGUCAUUCGAGUCAAUCAUUUGUUCGCUCAUAAAGUUUCAUAAUUCCGAAUGUAUUUGUAUUUCGAUAUUACAUUUUACAUUAGAUCUGUCCAACUAAUCCAUAUGUUAAGGGUUGUUUAUAUAUAUAUAUAGGAAUCCAUCUUCCUCCUACUCAGCAGCAGCUCUAUUAAGUGUGGUUGUAUUUGUGUGUACUUUUCUAAAAUAUUACUCUCAGUUUUUUUUGUCAGUAACAGACUGGUUUAAAAAGAAAAAAAAAGAAACUUUCGAGUUUUUUUUUUGUUGAACAAAUCUAAAAGUAUGGCUGUGGUUUCAAUAGUUUUUGUUUUCUACAGUUAUUAUUUCUAUAUAUUAUUCUUUUUGUUUAAGAAUGUUACAUUCGUCUUAUUCAAGUUUUUUUUUUUUGAUAGGUAACCAUUAAUGUUUUGUUUUUGUUUUUUGUAUGUAUGUAUUAAACGUCAUCUAUCAUUCAUAAAUAAGUUUAUUGAAUAACCUUUUAACACUUGUCAACCUUGCACUUCAUUUGUUCCAUAAUCACUACCACCACCGCCACCACUCCUCUCCUGUUGAAGUAUAUGUAUGUAUGUAUGUUGUCUCAAAAAAAUAAUGAUAUUUUUGAUAUCCAUACUCAUAUAUAUAUAUUAAUUUAAGUGGUAAAAUGUGGUUUACAUUUUGUUACUGCUACUACUACUACUAUUACUAUUACAGUCAAUAUAUACCACUACUUAUUACCGUAUUAACUGUUCUUCAUGACCUUUUUUUCCUUCUUCUUCUUCUUCGAAUCAAUGGGAUUAUCUAAGAUCUCAUUUUUUUGUGUUUUGUAAACUUUUUUUUUUGAGUAGAGAAUAGACAAUUUGUCAUAUAUCAUCAAUUUUUUAUUUUCUCUCAUCUAUACCUUAGUUAGUGAUGAUUCGUUGUUGCCUAUAUAGGGAUUCUGCAGCAUAUCUAAUAACUCUAAUCCGGUGUUUGUUUAUCUACACAAUAAACAUAUACAUUACCAAAAUUGAAUCGGUUUUCAAUUAUGAUUCAUUGUAUUGACGAACUACUUUAUUAUUUAGAUGGACAUGUAUCUCUCUCUCUCUAUCUCUCUUUCUAUUAAUGUGUGCAUUUUGUUUAUCUAAAGAAAUAAAAACUUGUUUACCUUGAAAUAUUUUCGCCUUGUAGUUUUGUUUGUCUUUUUUUUUUUACUUUUAAAAAUAGGGUUCCAUCUUUAUUCUAAGUUCAAAGAAGCAUACUUAGCUUCAAUAUAUUCUCGGUUUUUUUUUAUUACCUUACUUUUAGUUAUAACAUCAAUAUUAUUAUUGUAUUUUCAGUAUUUCUUUAUUCAUUUCUGUAAACACGUUUAUUCAAAUACGUUCCAUUUUGAAGAAGAAGAAGAAGACGAAGAAAAAGAAAAAAAUUAAAGACGAAAUUAUUUUUAAUACUGUACUGUAUUGUAGUAGAUUGUCCUAGUUUAUGAUUGCAUACAGGAUAGUUUAUUUAUUUAUUUUUUUUUUUGUGACAUGCUUUUAGUCCUUACCCUCAUCCCACCACCCUGUCAUCCUCGUUUAUUUUAUUAUAUAGGAAUAAGGUGAUCUAUUAUUGUUAUAUAUAUACAUAUUUUUUCUCGUUCUAAACUCGACUACCUUUUUUGAUCUUAUUUUUCACAAUUCUUAUUAUUCCAUUGAGUUGUUGUUAUGGUUGUUUAGUUUUAAAGGAAGACUUCAUAUUAGUAGGUAAGAUAAAGAUAACCUUCAUUUAAAUUAAUCCCUUUAUACCAUAUAACUUAUGUAAUAAUGAACUAUAGUAGUCUAUUUAUGAGAAAUAAUUUGAUUCGAAUCUAAUUAGAUAGAGUUCAAAUCAGUUAGUAUGUAUGUGUUUCCAUUGAAUGCCAUGUUGUUUGAGAACAAUCUAUUCUCUUUAUUUUCUCUGAUCAUAACAAAAAUCAUGAAAUCUCCAAUCUUUUAAUUUUCUUCUCCUUGUUUUUUUUUUAUGUAUCACAAAAAGAAAACAAUAACCUUAGACUAUUUUUCAGUUUAAUUUUUUUUUUAUAAUUGAAAUCAAAUAGAAAAAGACUUGAAUCUUUUUUGAAUCCAGUAAAGGAACUAUUUUUUUCUUUUCUCAUCAUUAAUAUUACAUAUGUAAUGCAUCGAUGUAUUUCACUCGUAUAUUUUCCUUUUAUGUUAGUAUAUAUAUGUCUUUAUAUAUCUAUUCCAUAUAUCUUGGCUGUUUGCAUUUCUCAUAUUCCUUUUGUUCUCAGAUCUGUUUUAAAAGUGACAGGUGUAGGUGGAUAUGUUGUACACGAGGAGGGGUUUCUUUUUGUUUAUCGUACAUACAUAUGUAUAUUAUAUAAUUGUAAUUUUUUUUUGUGUGUGUGUGUGUACUUUUCCACAAGAAUGUUUACUGUUGUUAAUAGCAUUGGUAUUACUAGUAGUAGUAAUAGUAGCAGCAGUAGUAGUAGUAUUAGUAGUGGUAAUCGUAACUAGUUGUACAACUUACUACUUAUAUGAAUUUUAAUGAAUUAUUUUUAUUUUUUUUUGCCAUGUACAUAAUUUCUAUUGCAUUCACACAUAAUUAGUGUAAUUUAUGUAAAGUCUUUAUUUUUCUAAAUUGAAAUGGGUUAUGGAUAGAUCAAUGUAUCUAGGAUGAGGUAAGUAUUAAAGGAAAACCACUUUUAAUCAUUCAAGUUUUGGGGAUUUGAAUUCAUCUCCAUCUUCGUGAUUGUUUUAAUUAGCCAAUCGAGUUAUAUUUUCUGUAACUUAUUCCUUUAAGUGGUAUCAUAUUGGCCAGUUGGUUAGAGAGUGGUAAACGCGAAAGUAGUAAUUUGAAAACUGAUAGCAAAACCGUACUGCUGACUAUACAGGGGUUAAGAUGGCAGUAAGAUGUUUCCCUCAGAUAAGAAGUCUUUAGCGUUGCUGUCCUCCCUCAACAGGAAGGUGUUAGGAAAGAUCAACCCUAAAUAAUACAUAUUUCCAUUGGUACAGGUAAGGUUUCAAAGCUACACAAGUGUGAUCAACCUUGAACAUUUUCACUUUGGGCUCUGCGAUCUUGAUCCUAGAUUGUCAAGAUCAUUCAAACGCAAUCUUUCACAGGUCUUUCGUACAUAUAACGUCACUUAAGACCACCUGUAGUUUAAGAAACCGAGUAGUUUCACUGAAGUCUAACUCAAAACCUUUACCAGUUGCAAUAAGCCUCACUAAUAAACAAAGUGGCAAGUAGCUAUCGUCGUAGUAAACUUACAAAUUUUUUUCCGCUUGUCAGUGUUGACCGGAUUUUAAUGAACUAAGCCUUUAAUCUGAACAAAAAUUAUGAUGAUUGGGCAGUCAAAACUACAGAUCCUGGUCUUUUCGUUCCUGAUUGUCGAUAUAACGUGUGUUUUCUAUGAUAUUGGUGAUCCUUUAGAGACUAG